AUGGAAUUUCAGGCAGAUAAUACUAUGAUUUCCGAUUUCCCUCUUACAGGAAAUAUGGAAGACUGGAAGAAUGCAACCACAGUGACCGAGUUUGUGCUUGUGGGCCUCUCCACACAUCCCCCUGUGCGCGCUGUCUUGUUUGUCCUCUUCUUGGUCAUGUAUGCAGUCACAGUAGCAGGGAAUGGUCUCAUUGUGGUGCUAAUUGUGGUGGAUGCUCACCUCCACACACCCAUGUAUUUCUUCCUCAGCAACCUCUCCUUCAUCGACGUCUGCUAUGUCACCACCUCUGUCCCACAGAUGCUGGCGCACUGCUUCACAGACAGGCCCACUAUUCCCUUUGGCAGGUGCUUUGCACAAAUGAGCAUUGCUCUUUUCUUGGCAGUAGCAGAGUGCCUCUUACUAGCUGUCAUGGCUUACGACCGCUUUGUGGCAAUCUGCAGCCCUCUCCGCUAUAGCUUAAUCAUGAGCCGAAAGGUGUGCAUUGGAUUGGCAGCCAGCCUGUGGUUCAGCGCUUUCCUCUUGACCAUAGUUCCCUUUUUCAGUAUGCAGGCACGUUUGUGUGGGCGCAAUGUGGUGAAUCAUUUUAAGUGUGAACUCCAGGCAGUGUUGAAAUUGGCCUGCUCUGACACUCAUGCUAGUGGGGUUAGCAUGCUGAUAACAACUGUGUUCACACUUCUGUUCCCCUUUGCCUUCAUCCUGGUAACAUACGGGCGCAUUGGUUUGGCUAUUCUGCGCAUCCGCGCAGGCCAAGGCCGAGGGAAAGCUUUUUCAACCUGUGGCUCUCAUUUGGUUGUGGUGGGAAUUUUCUAUGGCACUGCCUUGGCCAUGUACCUAAGGCCUCAGACCAAAACGUUCACAGAUCGGGAAAAAGUAGUGGCUGUUUUUUAUGGAGUUGUCACUCCCAUGAUGAACCCUGUGAUCUACAGCCUGAGAAACAGGGAUGUGAAGGGAGCCUUACGGAGGCUGAUGGGGAAGAAAGUAGAGGAAUAA